GACAGUUGUUUGCCCGCCUCGACGCUGUCUUGCGAAAGGGUCGGUGCAGACACUUUUGCAUUUGAACAUACUUGGGACAGUGUUUUGCUUGCCUCGACGCUGUCUUGCGAAAGGGCCGGCGUGGACGCCUUCUUCCAUCCCAUGGAUUCGCGGUUGCAGAAGUUCCGCGCCGGUUAUGCCCAGCAGGGCGAAGACUGGCUCCGCACCGAGCUGGACAAGCAAAACCGGCAGGACCUGCGUGGGCUCUGUGUCGCUGCGGGUGUGCAACAGAAGUCUGCCGGGCACACGCUUACCAGAGCGGAGCUGUUGGAAGCUCUAUCAGAGAGCAUUGCCGGGGAGCAG